AUAUACACGUUGUGCCCCGUCACCCUCUAUGGACACAGCAGCCGCAGUUGCCUGAAGACACAGCGCGGAGGGUCAGACCUUGCAGCCUCCAGCAGCCGCCACACCAUGAUGUGGGAACUACGAUCCAUAGCCUUCACCCGGGCUGUCUUUGCAGAAUUUCUGGCGACUUUGGUCUUCAUCCUCUUCGGCCUGGGCUCUGCUCUGAACUGGCCCUCGGCUUCCUCCCCCAGCAUCCUUCAAAUCGCGCUGGCUUUUGGCUUGGCCAUUGGCACGCUGGUCCAAGCCCUGGGGCACAUCAGUGGAGCCCACAUCAACCCGGCAGUGACGGUGGCUUGCCUCAUCGGCUCCCAAGUCUCCUUCCUCCGCGCUGUCUUCUAUGUGGUUGCCCAGCUCCUGGGGGGUGUCGUGGGAGCAGCCAUCCUACAUGAGAUCACCCCUGCAGACUCCCGGGAAGGCUUGGCCAUCAACAAGCUGCACAACGAGACGACGACGGGGCAGGCGGUGACCGUUGAGCUCUUCCUCACCUUCCAGCUGGUCCUGUGCAUCUUUGCUUCUACUGACGAACGCCGGGAGGACAACCUGGGCUCUCCUGCCCUGUCCAUCGGCCUUUCUGUUGCCGUGGGGCAUCUCCUUGGGAUCCGUUACACCGGCUGCUCUAUGAACCCAGCCAGAUCUUUUGCCCCUGCUGUGAUAGUCGGCGACUUCAGUGACCACUGGGUCUUCUGGGUAGGUCCCCUGAUUGGGGCGGCAGCAGCCUCCAUCAUCUACAAUUACAUCCUCUUCCCGCAAGCCAAAACCUUCUCGGAGAGACUCGCCAUCUUCAAAGGCUGCGAGCCGGAGGAGGACUGGGCAGAGCGCGAGGUCCGGCGGCGGCAGUCGGUGGAGCUUCACUCCCCACAGACCCUGCCGAGGGGGAUGUCUGAGAAGGUGUAGCCAAACCUCCUCCCGGGCCGAGAGAGGAGCUGGGGAAAACUCUGGCAUCCGUUUUAGAUACGGUGCUUGUUGAGAGGAGCGUUUCACCUCUCCCCUCUCUCCCUUCAUUUUUGCCGAGGGACUAAAGUUGACUCAUCUCCUGGGGAGAUGCACUGUGAUGGCCCAACCCACCUUCUGUCUCCCAGCUCUCCCCGUGGCCUGAUGGUUUUCUGACGCUGGGGCAAAAUGCCGUUCAAUCAAAACCACCAGUGCAGCAACAGGACCGAGGACACUGGGAUCCUACCCUGGGCCGGCUCCUUCCACGUCCCCCUUGCAGAAGUCAGCACUCGGUGGAGUUUGUCGCCCUUCACGAAGGGCCCCGAGGCGCUGCCGAGAGUUGUUAUUACAGCCAUUUGCUGGGCGUGGAGGUUGCCACCCGAUGCCUCAUUGCUGUUGAACUCCGCUCACCUGUCUCCCAUUUCUUCUCACUGCUCGGCUGUUUGCACACAGGAGCACUCGCUCCCUGCCACAAGUCUCUUACGAACUGGAAGUUUUGCUGCUGCCCUUUACAACCACCCCUGGGAUGCAGAUGUCCUGUGCUCUGCACGUGGAGGCUUUGCUGAGAAGACGGGACUGGAAGCACGUCCUUGAGUCCCUGCUGACCCCGUUCGGGAGCUCUUGCAACUGCUCCCUCCUCCUGUGACAAUGAGAAACCUCCUGAUUUUCAGCCCAAACUCAUCCACGGCUCAUUUGUUCUUGGACCAAUGUUGUCCUUUAGCUUCAAAGAUUCACCUCUCUCCCUGGUUUUUGCUUUCUUUCCUCUGUUCCUCUUCUGCUCUGAUUCUCGGAUGAGUAACACAAAGCGUUUCAGGUGUGAUCGUCUCCAUCACUCGCUUCCUACAGCCCAGGCCUGUUUCAUGGCUGCAUCACACCGAAGCCUCCAAACCAUCCCACCCCUUUCUUCUGCUACGUCAGGACCUGGUUGUGGUCCCCAGCACAGUCGAAGAAUUUGGGUUAGUCUUUGGGAUGCAACUUUGCCCUUUCAACCAUUAAUUUAAUCCUGUUCCUAUUAUUCAGCCUAAGUCAUACAUUUCUGGCAUGACAUCCUAGUGCUUUUUUCUGCUGGUGGUGUCUCCCCGAUAUUGCACCAUCUCAAAAUGUCAUCACCACAUCCAGGCUUUUCCUGCUAAGGCUGUUAAUGGGAAUAUUCCAUAAGAUUGGAUCCGAUUCCAAACCAUAAGGAACAUUACUGAUCGUUUUCCUCCCUCUGACUGUUUUGAUAGCAACUACCAUCAGAUGAUGUUCCUCUUCUUUUCACCUUUAUCCAUUGUGCUCUGCUUGUACCGGCCUCCUCCUCCUUUUGAAUUCGUAAUUUCCUCUGUCUGUCGCUGUGCUCUUCCUCAAACAUGUGCUAAUACCUAUUGACGGAGAGAAAAGAAGUAAAAAAAAGCUUUGACCUGACCCAGACAA